AUGCUUCAUCUAGAAAUCGAAGUAUAAUCUUUGUAGUUUUUUAUUGAAAAAUAUUCAGAAUAGUGCAAAAUAGUCAUUCAUGAUGCAAAUGAAUCUAAAAUUUUGACGUCUAAAAUAUUGAGUCAAUGUUCGAGUGUUUAAGAUAUAAAUGAAGUUGUUGAGUUUGAUUUUUAUUAUACUGAAAACCGAUAUUUAAAAAUAAUGGUUCAAGAUUGCAAAGUAUGCUAUGGAGAAGCAAUUCUGAAUCUAGGUUUUUAUAUUGAAAAUCAUUUACCAUUGGUUAUUGAUAAAAUUCCUAUACAUAAUAGAUAAGAUCAAGAAGCUUAUAUUUAGGUGGGAUUGGCAUGGAACUAAUCAAAUUAAAGUGAAUAUAAAAGAGUUGGAAACAAUAGAUGUAAAAUUAACUAGGAAAUUAAAAAAAGUGAAGAGUGGCUUAGGUAAAAGCGAGAAUGUCAGCAUUCCCCAGUAUAAGAAAGAGGAGAAAUUUUGAAUCAUAAUAGAGAAGAAACAUUAAAGAAAUAUUCUGAAUAACCAAGUAAUUUUGAAAAUCACUUAAAAUAUUCUGAAGUUGAUAAGCUAAAUGAACCUGAAGUAAAUACAAAAAGAUAAUAAACUGUAAGAGUUUAGAAAGUUAGUUUAUUAUAAUAAAAAUCCAAGGAAGAAAAAUCAGAUUUUGAUGGCCCUGUUGCUUUGAGAGAAAAUAAAUUUGUUGUUCCAGGCAAGAGAAGGACCAAAAAUGUAUAGAAUCACGAGGAAAUUAUGAGAGGCUCCACUAAACCUAAAGCAAAUCCAAAAAAGUUAGAUUAAUUUGAUAAUUUCAAUUCAAGACCAACUUAAAAUGAACAAGCAUUGUUAUUAUCAUGUAGAUAAUUAGAGAAGGGAGAGUAUGAUGAGAAUUCAUUACAAAUUUAAAACUAGAUGUUACAAUAUUAGAAUAAAUUAAUGAAACAAUAAAAUGAGAAGUUAUUGGAGUAAAUCAAGAAAUCCGAAGCUGCUUUUAAUUUGUUAUCAGAAACUUAUUCUGCUCUUCAAUCAGAUUAUAAAAAAAUGUAGAUUCAAAGUUUCAACAGUAAUUUUAGUAACUCAUUUAUUAAUGAAUUAUAUAAUUUACCUGAUAAGAAUAGUAAGGAAAUUCAGUAGAUCAAAAAGGAGUCUGAAAUACUUAAAAAAGAAAAUGAAAUCCUUCUAAAAGAGAAUGAUAUUUUGAAAGAUGAGAAGGAUACACAAUAACAAAAAUAUAUUCAAGAGAUAUCAAAAUUGAAAGAAGAACUAACUAAAAUAAAAAACACUAUUGUUGAAUUAUAAAAAGAAAAGAUUUCACUCUAAAACUAUGUGGAAUCUCGUAAGGAUUCUUAAAAUAACAAAGAAUACUGUAUUUGUUUGUAAAAGGAAGAACUUAGAGCAAACAGAGAUAAAUUUUAAUAUAGUACAAAUAUUUGUGUAGAAACUAUCUAUUAAGUUAAUGAUGAAAAAGGAAGAACAAAAUGUUCUAAAAAUUAGAUUGAUAAUUUAUUAAAAAAUGAAGGAAAAUUUAACUAAUUAUCACGAUCAGAAUUACAAAAAUUGGUAUAUGAAUAUUCCAAUGAAUUAUAAAUUAGUUAAAAGGAAAAUCAACAAUUAAUACUUAACUCAAAGAAAGAUUAAAUAAGACUUGAGAGCAAUCAAAAAGAAUUAGAAAUAACAAAACGAAUAGUUAAACUAAGUGAUCAAAGAUGUAGCUCUCUGGAACAUUAAAUUGUAUAAUUGGAGAAGGCUGUUCUAAACGGCAAAUAAAAUAUCGCUGAUAUGAUUAAUGCAGUCAUGGAAUGCGGAGGAUAAAAACUAUAUGAUUAAGUGGAAAGAUGUUUGGCUUUUAGAAGAAGUUUAAAAUUAGAAUGA